GUGAGGUGUGUCAAUGAAUAAAACCCUGUUGAUAAAUGAAGACUGUCCUCUAGUGAUGAUGUCAGAGAUAAAUAGAGGAAGUGAGAGAGGAUCCUCUGUUCAGUCAGGAACAACAGGAGAGCGAGAUGGAGAGACUCACAUGAGGAAGAUUAACUGGAACUAAUUCCCUGCUGGUGACUGUUAUCAGCACCUCACAACCUGGAGCUGCACACUCCCCUACCCAUCCCCCCCAGGACUCGAGCCUGACAGUCUAGAGCAGUGGUUCUCAACUGGGGGUCGUGACCCCCAUGGGAGGAUUUUAAGGAGUCGCGAGACUUAUUAUGCAAGAGUAUAAUAAAAUAAGAAAACAUUAUUUUGAAAGGUAACCGCCGCACCAAAACGUUUAUUUUGACAGGAUACCGCUGCACCGCUUAUUGUUGCUGACUUAACAGAUGCAGUUUGUCUGCAGUGGUGAAACGAUUAGCUACGUUCAGACUCGGGGGGUUUUCACGCCGCACUCACUCGCUGACCAAUACAGUAACGUUCUCGCCCCACACACUGAUCCAAAGAAAUUUCCGAUUUCUCGACACACACACACACAUUUCGCUACACGCCCAAUAACAUCCGCUAAAUGUGUAUGUAACCAAUAAACAUUUGAUUUGACACACUGAUCCAAUAAAAACGUUGUUCUGCAACAUUGUUUAGUUUUAAAUGUGACCCGUCCAAUCAGAUAAUACAGAUCUUCUGAUUGACAGAUAACUAUGCAGACGUGUUCUGCAGGCAUUGCACAUGUGGAUAGUCAGCUGUCAUUUAAAUCAUGUCGGCUUGCUGUCAGAGUCACAUUUAAAAACGCGCAGCUCUCCACUUCAUCUACUGCUGCUUCCAACGUCAACCAACAAGGCAGACAACACCGGUCCCCGUCAGAAGAGAGAACGCCGCCCCCGACUUCAUCAAAUAUGGUUUUACAUAUAUAGAAGACAGUCAGGGUGAGUGUAGACCGCAGCGGAUCCUAUGCAAACAGCUGUUAGCUAAUGAGAGCAUGAAACUCUCCAACAUGAAAAGGCAUCUGGGCACCAGGAUACAAGCCACAAAGAUAAGACAGCUGACUUUUUUUAUUUAAAGGAAAUGUCAGUAUCCGGAGGCCUUGAACACGAUUCAUUGAACAACGUCUGAACGGUAGAAGAAAAGGCACUUUGCACCUUCAUACCUUGUCAUCCAGCGUAUUGCUAAGUGCAACAAAAACCCCACACCAGCGCAGAGGAUCUCAUUCUCCCUGCUGCGAUUGAUAUGUGCACUGAACCCGUGGGAGUGUCAGCCGCCAACACACUUCAAACCACACCCCCUAUCCAAUGACACUGCGAGGAGGAGAAUCCUGGACGUGUCUGAGGACAAAACACGGCAGACAUCAGAGAGCAUCAGUGCAAAUGGCCAUUACGCACUGCAGCCGGAUGAAUCCACAGAUGUGGCUAUCCAUGCCAUUCUAAUGGUCUAUGUCAGACACUGCAGCCGGAUGAAUCCACAGAUGUGGCUAACCAUGCCAUUCUAAUGGUCUAUGUCAGACACGUCUGGGAUAACAACUUGGAGGACUGCUGAUUUGCCCACCACCACCACUGCAGAGGCUGUCUUUAACACAGUGGAUAUGUACCUGGGCUCUGUGGGACUGGCCAGAGGCUGUCUUUAACACAGUGGAUGUGUACCUGGGCUCUUUGGGACUGGCCUGGGAUGGGUGCGUCGGUGUGACCACUGAUGGGGCAGCUGCCAUGACGGGAAAGCACUCCGGGGUAGUAAAGUGGAUCGUGGAGAGAGCACCGAGUGAGAUGUUUAACCACUGCUUCCUACACAGGGAGGCUUUGGCGGCGAAGGACAUGGUGCCUGAGCUCCACACCACCCUCCACAAUGUGAUCAAGUGUGUCAACUAUAUCAAAAAGAGUUCCAGGUUAAGCAGGUGUUUCCAGGCCUUCUGCAGGGAUAUGGAGAGCGAGCACCAGCAGGUGUUUCCAGGCCUUCUGCAGGGAUAUGAGGAGCGAGCACCAGCAGGUGUUUCCAGGCCUUCUGCAGGGAUAUGGAGAGCGAGCACCAGCAGGUGUUUCCAGGCCUUCUGCAGGGAUAUGGAGAGCGAGCACCAGCAGGUGUUUCCAGGCCUUCUGCAGGGAUAUGGAGAGCGAGCACCAGCAGGUGUUUCCAGGCCUUCUGCAGGGAUAUGGAGAGCGAGCACCAGCAGGUGUUUCCAGGCCUUCUGCAGGGAUAUGGAGAGCGAGCACCAGCAGGUGUUUCCAGGCCUUCUGCAGGGAUAUGGAGAGCGAGCACCAGCAGGUGCUUUAUCAUGCUGGGGUCCGCUGGCGCUCCAGGGGUAAACUGUUGAGUCGCUUUUAUGAGCUUCGGACAUUUCCAUUGUGAGGAACGGCUCGCGCAGGUCGCUGGCGGAUAUUUCUGAUCAUCUGAAUUCUCUCAACAUGUCAAUGCAAAGGGAGGGGGGCGCAAUCGAUUUGAACAGAGGGACAAAGUGGAAUCCUUCAAGAUGAAGCUUACCGUUUGGGCAAAUCAUGUUUCCCAAUGCUGAUGUAGAGAUUCAGAAUCCGAUCAACAUAGCGCACCGCGUCACACUGAAGAAAAACCCUUAAACAUCAUCUUGGUCAAGCUGCUGGGAAAGUUUUGUGACUACUUCCCGGAGGAGAGCGACCACUUCCUGUAGGAGACCAGUGGGACUAGAUGACUGGACAGGUAACCACUUUCGAGUGGAGAUGGGAAGCGUCACGUUGCCAGGCAACGAAAAGGAUCUGCUGAUGGUGCUGUCAUUUGAUGGCGGACUGAGCAUGCGCUUCCCGGGAAAUGACACCGCCACAGUUCUGCUGCAGCAUAAUGGGAGAGUAUCCUGCUCUCGCCUGUCAUGAGUCAUGCUGCCGUUCAGCAGUACCUGUCUGUGUGAAAGUGGCUCCUCUGCUAUGGCCGUGCUGAAAACUAAAAGCAGAAACAAACUGGGCAGCCAGCAUGACCUCCAAGUUGGCCUGUCAACCAUCUAUAUAUAUAUAUGC